AUGGCGAAAUUCAACGUGGUACAGAAGCGACGGAGGGCCGCAAUAGCGGACCGGAAGAGACGAGUGCACGGCGAACCAUCCACCGGAAAGCUCCGGCUAAAGCCCCAGCCGCUCUCCAUCUCCGGCAAGCGAAAGCGCAAGCUCUUCAAGAAAUGGCGCCGGGAGCAAAAGGAGGGAGUGAAGGAAGGUUUAAUUACUAUGCAAGAUGUCGAGAUGGCUGUUGCUGAUGGGACAUUGCAAGAUGCCAAUAAACCUCCUGUUAAAUUCCCGAUGAAGAAGAGUUCAAAACUGAAAGUAAAGCAGUUGAAGAAGACAGGUAAGAAGAACAAGAGAAAAUCUCAAAAACCGGCUGCCAAAACUUCCAUGGAUGCUAUGAUGGAGUAA